GCAGCGGCCAAACCGCCCCCUGAGGGCUCUCCCGCCUCUCCCGCCCCGCGCCGCCGCUCCGGGUGCUCCGUGCCCGGCCAUGGAGCUGUGGCAGGUGCCGCUGAGCUUCUCCCGCCUCCGCAUGUUCCCUUUCUUCGACCUGGCGCAUUAUGUCGCCUCCGUGCUGGCGCUGAAGGAGCAGCGGGGAGUUGUGGAAGUGUCGGUCCGAAGUCCUCUGGCCUGCUGGUUUAGUGCAAUGCUUUAUUGCUUUGGUGGCUCAGUUUUGUCUUCAUUGAUACUUGGUGAACCUCCAGUAGAAUUUCUGGCAAAGACUAUAAAUAUUCUACUGGCAUCCUCAGUCUGGUAUCUAGUAUUUUACUGCCCAGAAGACAUAUUCUGCCAGUGCUUUUCCUUUCUGCCUCUUCGUCUUCUGGUGGCAGGAAUGAAAGAAGUGACAAGGACUUGGAAAAUCACAGAUGGCAUUGCACAUGCAGCCAUUGUCUACAAAGAUGCCUGGCUUGUCAUGGUAGCUGUGGGUUGGGCCAGAGGUGCUGGUGGUGGCCUAAUUUCCAACUUUGAGCAGCUGGUGAGAGGAGUGUGGAAACCUGAAACCAAUGAGUUGCUGAAGAUGUCCUACCCUGUGAAGGUAACUUUGAUAGGAUCAAUUCUUUUCACCCUGCAACGCAGCCAGUACUUGCCAAUAGCAAGACACAACCUUAUGUUUUUAUACACCAUCUUUCUUGUUGUCUUCAAGGUAAAAAUGAUGUUGACAAGAUGUGCAACUUCUCCACUUGCUCCCUUUGAGGCUGCAAUGGGCCAAAUAUUUUUUGGCUCACGAAAGACACCUUCCAAAGUGAAGGGUGAAGGUGACACAUCUUCCAACGGCUCUUCAGUCUGUGACCAGCCUUCUGAGUAUCACUAUGAGGGUGCUAAGAAAAAACAAGCAAAGAAAACAGAAUAAGUGACUUAAAAUGUUUUAUUGAUGGUCAUGACUGUUUGAAGAUGUUUGUCUUCCAGAUCAGGCUGGCUGAGAAGUUUCUCUAAGGAAAUGAGAACAGGGCUGUGUUGUGGUUUGCCUUUUGGAAUGUGUUACGUAAGCUAUGUGUAAAUGCACAUGUUGGAUUUGUAAGUUGAAAACUACAAAUUUUUAUAGUUGUUAAGAGUUUACUAAUUUUUGUAUUUAUGAUAACUUCAAAUGCUUACAUGUUAAAAAGAUAGUUUCAAAAAUGUGACAAUCAUAUUUGUGAUUUUUUUUCCCACUUUUUUAAUGUCUUCCUAUCCCCCAGUACUUAUGUUUCAUUUGGAUAACACUGAUUUGSCUUGUCAGGUGUUCACUGUAGCACAUCCCAAAUAAGAAAGUUAUUAUCUGAGUAAGGCUUAAUCACAUUGCACUGUGUUAAACCGUAAAAAUGUACCAAAUUAAUGCCUUUAACUAGAAAAAUAACUGAAUUAUUGUUGUAGUUCAGAUUGUACUGUCUAAUUUUUCUUCAUUUCCUUACGUAAAUAUUUUUCAAUAUUUUUCUAUUUUUUUAAAUGAGAGUAAAUUAUCUGUCACUUAAAAAAAAUCUUUACAGUUAGCAAGUAGGAACAUUUCAGUAUUUUUGUUGCUGGCUUACUUGGACUCCUUAUUUGCAAGCAUUUGAGAUGUAGGUGUUUCUCAUGCCACAYUGGUGUUUUACAAGUGGUUUGUAGUUACCUUUUGGGUCAUUUGGGACUAGACAUUCUUUGCCUGCAUUUUUAUCCAAGAAUAUGCCCUUACUUUUUUUCAAAGACAAACUUUAUUAAAAAGAAGAAUACUGGGCAGUACAUUUACCUUGUUUUGUCAGCACUCUGAGCUGCAAGAGACGGAUGGGAGCAAAAUGUUGCCAUCAUGAUCCACAUGGGAAUAGUUAGUGAGCCACUACAGCACCUGAACACUCCAAAAUGGUGGGAUGGGAUCCACCCAGGGGUGCUGAGGAAGGUGGCAGAGAGCUCACUGAGCCACUUUUAGUCACUUAUCAGCAGUCCAGCUAAACUGGGCUGGCAAAUGUGACACACAUCUACAGGAAUGGUCAGGARGAUCCGGGGAAUGACAGGCCUGUCACCUGCCCUCAGUGCCAGGGYGGUGAUGGAGCAGAUCACCUCGAGCACCAUCGUGCAGCAGGGACAGCACAGCCAGGGGAUCAGGCCCAGCCAGCCUGGCUUUAGGRGAGGCAGGU